UCUCUUAGCAAACAAAAUUAUGACAUGCCUGAAGAAGCGAACUUCAUCCGGAUAUGUAGCAUGGAGUAGUUCCUCCGGAGCUUCCUGUGACUUAAUCCACUUGUUGAGGGAAAUGUCGCAUUGAGUAGCAUAGAAGAGCGUCGUGUUUCGUUAAAACUCUGAUUAUGUCUGAAUCACAGUGUAACCGGUGCGCAUGUAGCAGCUAAGCCCGCAGUCUGAGCACCAUGGUCGGUUUGAGGGCAGCGGUCCUGAGUGCGUCGGCAGUUAUUGGCGGCGGAGUCGCUUAUCUCCUCUGGAACCGCGCUUCAUCCUCCAAGCAGAAGAAAACAGAAACACAACACGGAGAUGAUGAUAAAAGCAGCACGAAGGAGGAGGAAGAGGUGGAGAGGGAAAGAAACGCUCCGGUAGAAGAAGCUGUUGUUCCCGCCGCGGGGUCCGGCGCCAGAUUUCUUCUUUCAUCCAUCUCUUAGCAAACAAAAUGAUGACAUGCCUGGUCUUGUUAUCCAUCUUUCUCCCCAUCCUAUGAACAAUGUCGACUGCAUCCUCCACCUUCGACUCCACAUCAGCCCAGUCCUCUGGAGUCAGAGAAAACCCUGGUUCUGGUUCUGGGUCUGGAUGGAGCGGGGAAAACUAGCCUGCUGCACUGUUUUUCUGGCAGCAGUCUAGGGCAGGAGGUGGAGCCAACCCAGGGCUUUAACGCCGUCUCCGUCAACAGAGAUGACAUGCAUAUCGAGUUUUUAGAAAUCGGAGGUAAAGAGAAUCUGCGGCCAUAUUGGCAGAAGUAUCUGUCCAAAGCUCUGCUGCUGGUGUUCGCCGUCGACUCCUCAGACCCUGAGCGGUUUCCGGUCGCCAAGGAACAUUUACAUGAGGUGCUGAGGCUUGACCCCAUCCUGCCUUUAAUGGUACUGGCCAACAAACAGGAUCUUCCAAGUUCCUGCACCAUCACUGACCUGCAUGACGCACUGUCCCUGUCUGACGCAGGAGAGCGCGCUUUGUUCCUCAUCGGUACCCAUGUGAAAAAGGGAGACUCAGAGCUCAGCUCAGGGGUCCAGGAUGCUCGGGACCUGAUCAUUCAGAUGGUUUCUGGCAGCAGGUUUAGGGCGGUUUAGAAAUCAUCCAGCGUUUAUCCUCACUUGUAAUAAAUCCGUUACAGAGUAAAACAGCUCCAACCUUCUGUUUUACUGUUUGUCUUAACUGUUGACUCUGUUAGCUUUCUUAUUUAUAGUUCGGGGAGGACAUUAAAAGGUUUUGCUUUAUCUCAUCUAUUCAUGGCAUCAUUGUUACAUACUUUAAGAGUUUUUUUUUUUUUACUAGGGGACUAAAUUGUAAAAAAUACUGUUGAAAUGUUUAUUUUCACCAAAGCUUUAAGGGAGUUUGUUUUUAAAAUUUUGAGAAAGGUGGAUGUUGUUUGUAAUUUACCCAUGUGAUUUACUGUUUCAAAAUCUGAGCUACACUAAAGG